UUCCCUGGGGGCUCUGGAGCCUGAGGCGGGACGUGGCGUGGGUCAGGGGUCCCGGGGGGGGGGGGUCUUUGCUGAGCCGGCCUUGGCACCUGCAGGGCUCCGUCAUUUCGAGGACCUUAACACGCCCGUCUGGCGUCACGAGGCCGAUGCCAUCCAGCAGAUGGUGGACGAGGUCCUUCGGCAGGUGCUUCCUGGGGCCACUGUGAUCCUGGCCGGUGGUUUUCGCAGGGGAAAGCUGCACGGUCACGAUGUCGACCUGCUCAUCACCCACCCCGUGGGAGGGCUGGAAGUCGGCCUGCUACCCAAGGUGAUGGGCCGCCUGGAGAGCAAGGGCCUUGUUCUGUACAGACACGCCCAAGGCCCCAAGAACCCCGACCACGCAGCUUUCCAGAACGCCGUCAUGGACGACUAUGAGAAAUGCUUCUCCAUUCUCUGGUUUCCAAAGUCUCCCACCACAUCCUCCCACCUAGAGGCUGGAGAGUCCUCCAGGGACGGGAAGGCAGUGAGAGUGGACCUCGUGGUGGCCCCCAUCAGCCAGUUUGCCUUCGCCCUACUUGGCUGGACUGGCUCCCAGGUAACACUGAAGUGGCUUCUUUGGGUUGGGGGUGUUGGCAGAGAGACACUAAAGAAACGAAAGUUACUUCACUCCCUGAACCUCAGUUUCCUCAUCUAUAAAAUGAGGGGUCUGGACUAGCUGGCUUCUACCGUCCUCUCUUACUCUAGAUCCAGGAUGCGGGGGCUGGUGGUUGUGGCUCCCUACCCCAACGCUGACUAGUCCUCGGCAGCCAUCCCUAAUAAUCUUCAUCCUUGGCCUUUCUGCAACUUUUGACAUGAUCUCGAUCUCCCUCUUCUCCUGGCACGUUCCUCUGCAGGUUUUCAGAGCCCCACCCCCCCCAGUUCUCUUCUCUGCUUCCUCCUCUCCUUUGCUGGAUCCUCCUCCAGAUCAGACCCUGAGCUGGCCCUCAGGGCUCUGUCCUGGGCCACCUCCUUUUUUUAUAAUAGCUUCACUUGGUCAUCUCAUCAGUUAUCAUUUCUCAGCUGACAAUGCUCACACUGACUUAGCCAUCCCUGGCCUCUCUCUUAACAAGCACCCAGUCUUCACACUUCCAACUGCCUUUCAGACUUGUCAAACUGGCUGUCCAGGAAACAUUUUAAAGUCACCAUGUCCGAAACAGAACUGAUUAACUUUCCCCUCAACCCUGCCCUCAACACACUUCCCUGUCACUAUCCAGGACAAUGCCAGAAGUCAUCCUGGACUCUUCACUCUCUCUCAUCCCCCACAUCCAAACUGUUGCCAAGGCCUGUUAUUUCACCUCCACGGGGCCUCUUGUCCCUUCUCCCCUGCGGCAUCUCUUGUCUCUUCUCCUUCUCCCCUGCGGCAUCUCUUGUCCUUUCUUCUCCCCUGUGGCAUCUCUUGUCCUUUCUUCUCCCCUGUGGCAUCUCUUGUCUCUUCUUCUCCCCUGCGGCAUCUCUUGUCCCUUCUUCUCCCCUGCGGCAUCUCUUGUC